AUGACAAGGGCUUUAUUUACCGGUUUGGCAUCAUUUUGUUUGGGUUUUUCUGGACUUUAUUUUACGCAAAAAAUCAUACAAACCCGCAUACGUUAUCCAUUGCAAUACAAUAUUUUAACUUCAACGGUGGCCGCUACUAUUAUUGCUUACCAAGUGACUAGUACACGUACCAAAUCUUGUCAAGCAGCCUGGAUGGCUGCGGAAGAUAAACACACUAUACUUAAAGAAGCUAAUUUUUAAUAAUAAACCAUAAUUAUAAGACAAAA